ACUGUUGCAUAGGGUAAGCGUUUUACAGGACCUGGGCUCUUGCAGUCACUGCGGGAGAUUACCUGUUGCCGUGAGGCGUUAUCAAGGCCGAUCAUGGGCCCGAGAUAGAGGAUCGUAAGCGAGUACAAGCGUGCACGUAGGCAGGGUCUGGCACCAUGGACCAGCAAACAAUAGCCCGGCUGGGCAUGAGCUUGGAUGACUUGCUCAAGAAGUCCAAGCCCGAGAAGAAGGCUCAGGGCGGCGCAGCUCCCGCUGCAGCGGGAAGGGGAGCUGGACGCGGCGGGCGUGGAGCUGGGGCCAUGGGGGCAGCGGGACGGGGCAGCAGCGGGCGAGGGGCAACGGCUCAACCUGCCGCCGCCGGCAGGGGCCGUGGCGCGCGUCCAGUACUGGGACAUGCCGCUGCCACUUGGGAGACCCCCGCUCGCACGCACGCUCACCCAGCACCGCGGCAAGACGGACAACAGCGGUACCAGCAACCGCAACACCAGCAGCAGCCUCCCGCCAAACGGCAGGCGGUGCAGGCGCCGACCGCGGCUCAGCCACCCCAGAAGCUUGCGAUCACAGACAAACUCAGCCUGUCGCUGGACGACCUCGCCAAGCGACAGUCACGGCAGCAACCGCAAUCGCAACAGCCGCAGCAGACCAAGAAGCGGGCCCGAGAGCAGGUCGAGGCGCCAGCGGCUGCGCACCCCGCGCAUUACGUGCAGCGGGGGGGCCCGGCGGCAGGGCGGGGCGGCGGCCGUGCAGGCCGCGGCGGCGGACGCACGGCCGGACGGCUGGACGGACGGGCUGAUGGCAGGGGGCCGGGGCCAACCUCUCGGGCCGCCGCCCCCAAGUACAUGCUCGUGCGCCCAACCACCGACCCAGGCAGCGGAGGCGCGCCAGCCCACGCCGGCCGCGGCCGCGGCCGCGGGCCCGGCCCGGGCCCUGGUCGGGGCCGUGGGGGCCGCGGCCAGACCCAGGGCCCAGGCUACACCCGCGGACAGCAGCAACAGCAGCAACAGCAGCUGUACCGGCGUGGCGGGCGUGAAGGCCAGGGGGGUCAGGGCGGCUACGGUGGCGCCGACGGAUACGCCGGGCAGCACGGGGGCAAUCUGGCGGGACCGCAGCACGCGUACGAGUAUGAUGACGGCCCGGGUUACGAGACCACGGAACCACUUUUAUAUGGCGGAGACGGUUACGAGACCACGGAACCACUUUUUGAUGUCGGCGAGGGUUACGAGACCACGGAACCACUUUUUGAUGGCUACGGCUAUGGCGACGGCCAGGAGGGAUUCUACCUCGAGGGCGGCGGCGACGAAGUCUUCCAGGACGGCGGCGACGACCCCCAGUUCGAAGAUGAGGAUGAUGAGUACUAUGAAGAGUACGAGGACAAUACCGGGUAUGGUGAAGCAGCAGGCGGAGGAGGCGAGCCGCGGCAGCGCCACCAGCACCAGGCGCGCCGCGGCUCGGAGACGGGUGGCCACGGCGGCGGCGGCGCGGCUGGUGAGGGCGAGGGCCAGGAGGCCUACCAGUUCCGCCGUGCCAUGCGCGCCCUGCUCCAGAACACGCCCUCCGCACUGCCGAAGCAGUUCUACCCCGGCGCUGGCGGCGUGGCAGGCGUCAGCAGCCGCGGCAGCAGCAGCAGCGGCAAGGCGGCGCAGGAGGCGGCGAAGGCGGCGGAGCGCAAGGCGGCCGCCAAGGCCGCCGCCACGGAGGCCCAAGCGGUGCUGUCGCGUGCUGAGGCCGUUCUCGCGCGCAUGGUGAAGCUGGAGGUAGAGCUGGGGGCGAAGCCGGAACAGCCGCAGCCCACGCCUUUCGAGCGCGCCGGCACCUCAGCAGCGGCGGUGGUGGCAGGCGCCGGGGCGUCAGCGGAUGCGAGGCGGGCCGCGCCCGCGCAGGCCGGUGUGGCUGCAGCCGCGGCGCCAGUCGGCUCGCCUGGUGCGGCGGGCGGGCGGGCGCCCGGCGACCACCGCGCGCCGUUGUUCACCGGUGGCUCGGGCGACUGGGUGACGGCCGGGCCGCCGCCGCGCCACGAUGGCGGUGGCGGUGGCGGUGGCGGUGGCGGUGGCGGUGGCGGGCACGACCAGGGGCGUGAUCGCCCGCAGCAGCCCCAGCCAUACCACCGAGAUAUGCCACAGCACCAGCAGUACCAGGCCGGCGGCCCGGCACCCGCCCGGCCCGGCUACGACGACCGCGCCCCGCCGCCACGGCCUGACGGCUACGGCGGCACUGCCGCGGACGCAGGCCGCCGCUCCGACCGGCCGCCAGAGCGCGGCGAGGAGGGGGUCUGGCGGAGGCCGCCGGACUACCCACAACAGCAGCAACAGCAGGACCCACAGCAGCGGGGCCCACCCAACUAUGAGCGGGAUCCCGGGCCGGCCUACGGCCGUGGCAGCGGCGGUCCGGGUGGGUACGUCGACGGGCGUGGUCGCGAGCGGGACGCCUGGGACCAGCCGCCGCCGCCGCCGCAGCAGCAGCAAUGGGGCAGCGCGCCGGCGCCACAGCGUGACGGUGGGGGCGACAGGGACCGCGACCGCGAGCGGGGCCAGCGGCCCGUGGGGCCCAGCGCCGGGCGCGGUCGGAGCCGCAGCCGCAGCCGGGAGCGGGAACGGGACCGCAGCGCCGGCGGCGGCGCUGGAGGCUAUGCUCCGCAGCAGCCGGUGCCCUUGCAGCGGCGGAGCCCAGCCAGGGACCGCUCGCCGCCGGGGCGCGGUGGGCCGCUACCGCCGCCGCGAUAUGACUGGCCCCAGCGCGAUGGUCGCGAGCCGCCCUACGAUUACCACGGCUACCGCGGCAAUGGGCUGCCGCCGUCAAUGGGGCCCAUGGGCGGCUCGCACGGCCCCGGCCCAAUGCCGCCGCCGCCUGGCCCACACGCUCUGGGCCCCCACGGCGGCGGCGGUGAGUACAUGCGCCCGGGGUAUGCGGACCCCUAUGUGGUGGUGCCUCCACACAUGCAGCCGGAUGAGUUCUAUCAACCGGUUGUGGGGGCCGCGAGGCCGCCCCCCGAUGGCCUGGGGUCGAUGGAGCGGGAUGGCUACCGCCGCCGCGACACGCAUUCGCCCGACGGCAACAGCGACCCCGGGAGCAGGGAGCGCGACACGCGUGACCGUGAGCGGGAGCGGGAGAAGGAGCGCGAGCGAGAACGGGAGCGGCAACGGGAGCGGGAGAGGGAGCGGGAGAGGGAGCGGGAGCGGGAGAGGGAGAGGGAGCGUCGCGAGCGGGAGCGCGAGCGCGAACGUGAACGCGAGAGGGAACGCGACCGAGAGCGCCGGGACCGGGAGCGGGCCGGCGAUGACCGGCGGGUGGCAGAGGCCGGGCGCAGCGGUGGCGGCGGCACAAGCGGCGGCGGCCGUGGCGCCGCGGAGGCUCGCGAUGACCGCGUCGCAGCCUCCCGGGGCCAGCGGACUGAGCGUGACGCUCGUGACGCUCGUGACGGUGGAGCCUCUGGCUCCGCACGCGAUGCGCGCGGCAGGAGUGGCAGCCCAAGCCGCGGCCGCAGCGGGCGUGACGGCGGCGGCGCCGGUGCAGGCGGCGCCAGGGGUGCAGGCGACGCUGGACAGAAGCCGGCAUCGGCAUCGUCGCCGUCGCCCCGCCGCAGCCUCAGCCGCAGCCCCAUCCGCAGCAGGAGUCGGAGCCCACUGUUGGCUCGGCCGACGGUCGUCAGCAAGGUCGCCAGCGGGGAGCGUGGCGCCGGUGCAGCGGGCUCGGAGGAGCGGGACGGCGGCGUUGAAGAUGAGGGCCGCGGCCGCAGCAGCGACGGAGAUACGGAGGAGGGCGAAGACGACGGGCACCAGCAUAGGCACGAGGGAAGCGACGGCGACGGCGGUGACAAGCCAUCAGCCAGCGAUGAUGGCGAGGCGGAGCAGGCGCAGGCACAUGGCGAGCACCAGGAGCAGGAGUCGGGCGAGGCGCAGGAAACGGGUGAUGCUGAGGGGGCAGAGGAGGAGGUGGAGGAGGAGGUGGAGGAGAUUUACGAAGAGCCCGUGGAUGACCUACCUGAUGAGCUGGAGGUGGACUGAGGGCCUGGAUCCAUGCUAGCCCACUGCUAGCCCACUGAUUGGCGCUACGGGAGCCCGGAGGAGAGUUGUGCAGCCCGGCCGCAUGGUCCUGGUGACGCCAAGGCAGAGGCUAGGCGGUUGGGUAGGCGACGGCCCGGCAGCAGGCGACAGGCGCAGGCCAAGCCUGUGUUGCUCUUGCUGUUUCCCUGCUUGUGGGUUGGCUUUUGGGACCUAGGCAGCUGGUGAUGAUGUCUGCGGAAAACAGGCUUUUGUGAUGCUUGUGGGGUAUCUGGCAUCUGUGGACGCCGUGCCGUUGCCUUUGCAAGGCGUUAAUGCAGGUACGCAGCCAUGCCGCGCAAGGAUGCUAGGAGCGGUAGUGAGUAGUACAGUCGAACACACCUAACUUCGUUGCACGAUGUGAGUUUCCUAGCGUUAUAAGGGCCCACCGGCCCGGGCCACUGGUACUUACGGGGACAGGAUAGCACGCAUGCUCGUGCACACCACCUUGUAACCAACAACAACA